AUGUCCCUCCGCGCCAGUACCCGCCCCCUCUCGGCGUCGCUCAAGGCCUCCGCUGUCCGCACGUAUACGCGCCCGGCGGCGGUCGAGCUCGCGUACGACGUCUUUGAGCCGGCCGAGGUCAAGCAGCCCGGCCAAAGCCUUGUGCUCUGCCACGGCCUUUUCGGCUCGAAGCAGAACUGGCGCUCGCUGGCCAAGGGCUUUGCCCAGCGCCUCGGCAUGCCGGUGUACGCGCUCGACAUGCGCAACCACGGCCUGUCGACUGUCGCCCAGCCUCACGGAUACGCCGACAUGGCUCACGACAUUGCCGAAUUCGCCGACAAGGCCGGGAUCAAGAGCGGCAUGAACCUCCUCGGCCACAGCAUGGGCGGCAAGGCCGUGCAGGCGUACGCGCUCAACAAGGAGCUCAACAGCAAUCUCCGCUCGUUGAUCGCCAUCGACAUGUCGCCUGCCACCGGCAAGGUUGCGCCGAUCUUCAUGGAGUACAUCAACGCCAUGCGCGAGGUCGAGGCGGCCAAGGUGUCGAGCCGUGCCGAGGCCGACAAGAUCAUGGAGAAGGUUGAGCCGGAUGCCGCUGUGCGCGCGUUCCUCCUCACCAACGUCCUGAACAAGGACGACGGCGACGGCAAGAGCUACCUCGCCUUCCGCGUCCCCCUCGACGUUAUGGCCCAGGAGAUCCCCGAGAUCGGCGGGUUCCCCUACACCGUGCCUCCUCCUGUCACCGAGACCUCGCCGCAGUGGGAGGGACCGACUCUGUUCCUCAAGGGCAAGAAGAGCCCAUACAUCAACCGCAAGAACAUUCCCAUCUGCGAGGCCUACUUCCCCAACAUGCAGCUCGUGUCGCUUGACGCUGGACACUGGGUCCACGCCGACCAGCCUGCCGAGACGACCGACGUCGUCUCCAAGUUCAUUGCUGGUGAGCGCGUUGACAACCGCGAGUAG